UGUAAAGCUCCUAUGUUUGCAAGAACUGACUUGUAAUGGAUUUAUUACACGAUCCAACACUUUUAUUUACCUUAUGUAUCUUAUGCUUUAUCUUGUAUUUAAGCCUAAAUUCAUUAAGGAAUCGUGGAAACCUUCCACCUGGACCAACACCUCUUCCACUGCUGGGAAAUGCUCUGGAUUUUAAAGGAGAUAUUGUGAAUUCUUUGAUGGAACUCCGUAAGAAGUAUGGCAAUGUGUUCACGGUCUAUCUGGGAACUCGUCCAGUCGUGGUUGUCACUGGGUACAAGCUUGUGAAAGAAGUUUAUGUUGACAAAGGUGAUGAUUUCUUAAACCGGGGAAGUUUGCCAGCCUGGGAUCAGUUUUACAAAAAUUAUGGGCUUGCAUUUACGAAAAAUAUUGAGAGGUGGAGGGAUCUCAGACGCUUUUCUCUCUCUACCUUACGGGAUUUUGGACUUGGCAAAAGGAGUACUGAGGAUCUGAUCAAGGAGGAAACCUGUUACCUGCUAGCAGAGUUAAGGAAAACCAAAGGAUCAUUCUUCGAUCCUCGACAGUGUCUCAGUAGAGCGCUUUGUAACGUUAUCUUCACCAUUAUGUUUGGAGAUCGUUGUGAAUAUGAGAACACAGAUAUCACUACGGUUUUGACCUGUAUAUAUGAGGCAUUUCUGACGGCCAGUACAAUCUGGGGACAGAUAUAUGACAUGUUUCCUGGAUUGAUGAAAUUUAUUCCUGGGCAACAUCAAAAGAUUUAUAAAUCAUUAGACAGACUUCACCAGUUUGUCAAUGAGAAAGUAAUAAUGAACCAGAAGACUUUAGAUCCAAAUAAUCCAAGAGACUUUGUUGAUGCUUUCCUCAUUAAAAUGGAAAAGGAGAAAGUUAACCCAAACAGUGAAUUUAACAUGAAGAAUUUACUGGCCUGCACCCUUCAGAUCUUCUUUGCCGGAGUAGAAACGACCAGUACAACCAUAACAUACUCUCUAUUAAUAUUUCUGAAAUACCCAGAUGUUCUUGCGAAAGUGCAUAAGGAAAUUGAUCAAGUCAUUGGCCGAAUUCGCAGUCCAUCAAUCAAAGACAGGAACCAUAUGCCUUACACAGACGCAGUAAUGCAUGAACUGCAAAGAUUCACAGAUCUCAUACCAAUGGGUUUACCAAGGAAAACUACAAAGGAAGUCGAGUUUAAUGGGUACACAUUACCAAAGGAUAUGGAUGUUUUCCCACUAUUAACCACUGUGCUCAAAGAUCCUACUUGUUUCAAGUACCCAAAAGAAUUCAACCCAGAAAAUUUCCUCAAUGAGAAAGAGGAAUUUCAGAAAAAUGUUGCCUUCAUGCCUCUGGCUACAGGAAAGAGGAUUUGUCUUGGAGAGGCCCUGGUACGGGUGGAGCUAUUCCUAUUCCUUAUCACCAUACUGCAAAAUUUUGAUCUGAAAUCCCCAAUACCUGUAGAAGAUCUUGACAUUAAUCCAAAUACAUCUGGAUUAGGAAACAUUCCUAAACCUUACAAGAUUGCUUUUAUUCCGCGUUAAUGGCACAUUGUACUUUUGACGUCUGUUGCUUUU